UGUUCUUAGCCUUGAUUAUUCUACUUGUUGCGUUACUGUUUUAAAUUUAAUUUCUCACGAUAGAAAAUGUUUGUAUUUAAAUAUCUGGCUUGGUGGUUGUUUUCAUCACACUAUUGACUUUUAUCUUCACAUUUUGAUAUUUAAGGGGAUAACUGUGAUGAGGCUGAAAUAUUCAUUCAUUUAUUUUGACAAAGUAACAAAGUACUUCACUCUAGAGUAAAACAAGACUGAAACUACAAUAAGGUGAAAUGAAAAGUGUUGUUCUUCUCUUUCGCUCUCAUCAUUCGCUCAGCGGUGGGACUCCUCCCCCUCUCACCUGCUGCUGCUCUCUUAUGGGUUGAUCCGGAAACCUGGCACAGGUAGAGAGCGGGUUUGGCGAGUUGAGGCGUGAUGAGGCGACUCCACCUGCACAGUGUACACAGCACCCCGGUGUUUCUGUGUGUCGCUGCAGACACCGACUCUGAAAUGGACUCUUUCGCUCGACCUGCUCAGAUCAGCUACAGGCGCUGGAGGAAUCCUGAACUGAGGUGUGAGGUGGACUUCGUGGCCGAAGGUGAUGAGUCCCAGGGAACAGAGAACGAGAUCUGCACAGUGACCUCAGCCUCCAGAGAGUCUGCUCCCAGCUGUGCGUCUGAUCCUCACACUGAAGAAACCUUCACAGUUGAAGAUGCCCUGGAUGCCGUCGGUUUUGGGCCGUUCCAGUGGAAAUUGGCGCUCCUCACUGGUCUCUCGUGGAUAGGAGACGCCAUGGAGAUGAUGAUCCUCAGCAUCUUGGGACCACAGCUGCAUUGUGAGUGGAGGCUGCCGAGCUAUAAGAUGGCCCUGCUCACAUCGGUGGUGUUUGUCGGGAUGGGGAUCAGUUCACCUCUCUGGGGGAAUUUGUCCGACAAGUACGGCAGGAAAAUUGGUCUGGUGCUUUGUAUGUGCUUCACUCUGUACUACGGCCUGCUGAGCGCCUUCGCUCCGAUGUACGGCUGGCUCUUGGUCUUGCGGGGCCUCGUAGGAUUUGGCAUCGGUGGAGCUCCUCAGGCGGUGACGCUCUACUCAGAAUUCCUCCCAGCGAAGAAGAGAGGCACCUGCAUCAUGUUGAUUGCGAUUUUCUGGUCAGUCGGGGCUGUGUUCGAGGUCCUCCUGGCCCUGAUGAUCAUGCCCACCCUCGGGUGGAGGUGGCUGCUCGGCCUCUCCACGUUACCAAUGGCACUCUUCAUUAUUUUUUGCUACUGGCUGCCGGAGAGUCCUCGUUUUGACGUUUCCAUGGGAAGAUGUCAUAAAGCCCUGGUGACAUUAAAGUCCAUCGCCAAACAGAACGGCAAGGCCCUGCCUCGGGGGAAGAUGGUUGCUUAUAAACAGAAUAACCAUGGACGGAUCAAAGAUCUCUUCGCUCCUCAGUACUGGAAGACGACUCUUCUUCUGUGGUUCAUAUGGUUUUCAAACGCCUUCGCCUACUACGGCAUAGUCCUGUUGACAACUGAGAUGUUCCAGGCCGGAGAUUCAUGUGGAGCAACGCAAGGGGCCAAGAUCGAGCCCAGCUGUAGUCUGGAAUGCAAAUAUUUGACAUCGGAAGAUUACAAAGACCUUUUAUGGACGACGUUGGCUGAAUUCCCAGGUCUUGUGCUCGCCCUCCUGGCAGUUGAGUUUAUUGGCAGGAAGAAGAGCAUGGCUCUGUGUUUCUUCAUGUUUUCCUUGUCCAUUCUGCCUUUAUACGCUUGUAUCGGGAGGACGGCUCUGACAAUCUUCAUCUUCCUCGCCAGAGCCUUCAUCUCUGGAGGAUACCAAAUUGUUUUUGUUUACACACCAGAAGUGUUUCCUACAGAAAUCCGAGCCUUAGCCAUGGGGGCUUCCAGUUCGAUGUCCAAGCUGGGUGCUCUCAUCACCCCCUUCGUGGCACAGAUGAUGCUCAGAACAUCAGUGUAUUUGACGCUGUCCGUGUACUGUGGCUGCUGUGUGCUGGCUGGCAUUGCGUCUUUGAUCCUGCCCAUUGAAACGCGAGGCCGAGGUCUGCAGGAGUCCAGUGUUGACCAGGAGGCCGGAGGACAGGCAGGCAACACAAGAAGUCAGGAGCCACGAUCCUAGACAGGGUUGACCAGGACAAACGCAUAUGGCAGAGGAAGAGGAAGGAUGUGUUGGUCGCCUCGCAGCCUGCACCAUGAUGUGGCUGUUGUCUCUGCAACUGUGGGCUGAAUCAUCUGAGCGAUGAUGGGUGAAGAUCAGCGCGGGGCACUCCCAUUACAAGCAGCCGGUGAUAAUCGAGGGUGGACCCACUGCCCACGUCAGGCGACCGGAAGCACAUUGGUGCUCGCUUUGUUUACACUCUCCCCCAAUCCAGCUAUGAGGACAAGCAAGGGACAUGGGGGGGAAAUUACGCAGUGUGAAGGCUCUGCAUUGAGCUGAACACUUUAAGAUUAUGCCCUGAAGAAGCUGUGAAGUUUAUUUAGUAAUAUUCCGGAAAAAAAUUAUUGGUUUAUGUUUAUUUUGUAUGUAUGCCUUUUGUAUAUUAAAGUGUGAUUAUGGCUGUAGAUUAAGGAUACAUUGAUUAUUGAACAAGUCUACACAAAAUCCAAUUAUUCUCUUGUUUGAUUAUUUGGGCGUUUUGAACAACAGACAAAAUAAUGCAUUUUCUGACAUUUACUAUAUAUAUAUACUAUAGGAUUUUAGGCAUUUUAAAAGUGUUAUGGUAAAUUAUAGAAAAUAAGAUGAUAUAAUAUAAAAAUAUAAUCAGAUUGGUAUUGGAUUUUAAUAAUUAAAAUAUUAAAAACUAAGAUUUUGAUUAAUAGGAAUUUAUAUUUGGCAGUUUAUACAGUCAUAUGAUAUAAUAAAGUAAAUAAUA